AUGAAAUUAAAAGUCACAACACUCACAUUCGGUGAUUAUUUUAACCAAGUAGUUUCACCCGGAACAUUACCAAAUAGUCUUACAACACUCACAUUCGGUCAUUAUUUUAACCAAGUAGUUUCACCCGGAACAUUACCAAAUAAUCUCACAACACUCACAUUCGGUAAAGGUUUUAACAAAGUAGUUUCACCCGACACAUUACCAAAUAGUCUCACAACACUCACAUUCGGUGAUUAUUUUAACCAAGUAGUUACACCCGGAACAUUACCAAAUAGUCUCACAACACUCACAUUCGGUCAUUAUUUUGACCAAGUAGUUACACCCGGAACAUUACCAAAUAGUCUCACAACACUCACAUUCGGUUAUGAUUUUAACCAAGUAGUUACACCCGGAACAUUACCAAAUAGUCUCACAACACUCACAUUCGGUCAUACAUUUAACCAAGUAGUUUCACCCGGAACAUUACCAAAUAAUCUCACAACACUCACAUUCGGUGAUUAUUUUAACCAAGUAGUUUCACCCGGAACAUUACCAAAUAGUCUUACAACACUCACAUUCGGUGAUUAUUUUAACCAAGUAGUUUCACCCGGAACAUUACCAAAUAAUCUCACAACACUCACAUUCGGUCAUUAUUUUGACCAAGUAGUUUCACCCGGAACAUUACCUAAUAGUCUCACAACACUCACAUUCGGUGUUAAAUUUAACCAAGUAGUUACACCCGGAACAUUACCAAAUAGUCUCACAACACUCACAUUAGGUCGUGAUUUUAACCAAGUAGUUCUACCCGGUUCAAUACCAAAUAGUCUCACAACACUCACAUUCGGUGUUAAAUUUAACCAAGUAGUUUCACCCGGAACAUUACCAAAUAGUCUCACAACAAUCACAAGAAAGAAAAAAAAAUAA